UCCUUUCUGCUCCCGUACUCGACCAAGAAUCUCAGAUUUUGAAGGUGAUAAUCAACCGAAACAAGGAAUAGCAACUCCUAGAUUGAAGAUUCAUGGCGGUUGCAAAGGAAUUCUUGGGUUUGUCUUUGGUGGAGAGACCAUCUUUCGUUCCUGCUUCAGGAUUUUUGUUUAAUCAUCAGUUCAAGAGAAGGUUGCAUCCGAGGAUUGACACUUCGCUGUCUAUGCCGACUGCAAGAUUGGGUUUGGAGAUGUUGCUAGGACGGCGUCCCGACCCAUGUUCGCAUUGCUACUAUUCCCCAAGUCGGAAGUUUUAUCCGCAACUAUAUCGCCCACAAGGGCAACAAAAAGGACUUUCAGCCUUAGCUGAUGAUCAAAAGAAUAUGGAAAAGCUGCAGUACGAGCAAGUAAGAGCAGAGUACGGGAGUUCAACGAGAAGUCAAGAUGGUAAUGCUGGCCUUUCUAAGGCAGUGGGUACAUUUAUACAGUUUACUCGCCCUUAUGCUUCAUUUGGUAGUAUUGUGGGGAUAAUAUCAGCGUCUCUUUUUCCAGUAGAAGCUAUUGGUGAUCUUUCCCCCAAAUUUUUUUUGGGAGUACUCCAGGCUGCAAUUGCAGCAAUGUUGAUGAAAACUUUUGUUAGUGGCAUAAACCACUUGUAUGAUGUUGAAAUUGACAAGAUUAACAAACAACAUUUUCCACUGGCUUCUGGAGAGUACUCAACUGAAACUGCUUGGGCCAUCACUUGCGCAGCUGCCUUGCUGAGCUUUGGUAUCGGAUUUAUGUCUCAGUCACCAGCACUUUUAUGUGGCCUACUCAUGUGUUUUAUAUUUGGAAGUGUAUAUUCCGUUGAUCUUCCUUUUCUCAGAUGGAAAAAAAAUCCCGUACUUGCAGCAGUCUGCCUUAUGUUUAUAGACAUGUUCUCUGUUUAUAUCCCUAGCUUCAUACAUGCGCAGAGAUACUUACUUGGAAGGUCAAUUGUGAUUACAAAGCCAGUGAUACUUACAACAGUUAUAAUGUGUGUACACUCUAUUGCUAUCUUUAUAUUCAAGGAUAUACCAGAUACAGAAGGAGACAAAGAGAAUGGCAUACAAACUUUCAGCACUGAACACGGAAGACAAAAAGCAUUGUUUGUUGGCGUCAAUGUUCUUUUAAUAGAAUAUGCAAUUGCUAUCAUAGUAGGAGCUUCUACUGCUUCUACUUUAUUUAGCAAGUUCGCCAGUGUAAUAGGUCAUUGUUUGCUUGCUUUAGCUCUAUGGUUUCGUUCUAGAUCCGUUGAUGUUAUGAACAAUUCAGCAGCAUUCUCCUUUUACAUGUUCAUUUGGCAGCUAUUCUAUUUUGGGAAUGUCCUCUUACUACUUUAUCGUUGAGAAGAAUAUCAUAUAAAGACAUUGGCAAAGAAAUGGCUGAGUUUACAA